UCAAGGCAAAGCAUACCUGUCAUUGUAUGUAUCACUGUGGCCAUGGUCUCAUCUGUGCUCCAAUGGAGUAUUUUAAUAUCGAUAUUCUCGUCAAUUUGCUGUAUAAGACGAGAUUAUUUUAUAACAGCUGAGGAACAAUGGUGGGACUAUGCACCAAGUAAACAGAAUCUUAUUACAAACGACAGAACUAUAUCAGAUAGACAUAUACAAACAACAGAGGACAGGAUAGGAAGUGUUUAUAAGAAAGUGAUGUUAAAACAGUUCACUGAUGGAUACUUCAGAAGGGAGAUAAAACCAGCACCAUGGAUGGGUUAUAUCGGCCCUACAAUAAAAGGAGAAACUGGUGAUGUAUUGUAUAUUCACUUCCGGAACUUAGCAUCAAGGCCUUAUGGACUGCAUCCUCAUGGUGUACAAUACUUUAAAGACAGUGAAGGAUCGUUGUAUAUGGAUGGCACUUCCGGAAGAGAUAAGUUAGAUGAUUCUGUACCACCGGGAGAGACGUAUACAUACAGAUGGUCCAUGCUAAAUUCGUUUGCCCCAACAGAAGAUGAUGACAACUGUAUCCCUGUUGGCUACCAUCCACAUAUCAGAUCAAACAAAGACAUUGAUACUGGGUUGGUAGGAAUCUUAUUGAUAUGCAAACCUGGAAUAUUGAAUCCAGAUAACUCCAGGAAGGAUGUGGACAGAGAGUUUGUUCUGUAUGCUGACACAGUCAAUGAAACUAACAGUUGGUUGAUAGAAGAGAGCUUAAAUUUGUGUCUAAAUCCACAAAGAUGUCGACAACUUUUCAACGAGAAAAAUGCGGCCUUUAUUGGGGACACGUUAAUGUAUUCGAUAAACGGAUAUAUUUAUGGAAAUUUGCCUGACUUCCCUGUACAUGAAGGAGAGAGGGUAGCAUUUUAUGCCAUGGGAUUGAACUUAGGACUGCAUGUCUUUGGUGUACAAGGACAGUCAUUGACAUUUAAGGGUAAAAGAACGCAUGCUGUUGUAUUUGGUAUAGCAUGGUUUGAAGGGUUUUACAUGACAGCCAUAAACCCUGGCAGAUGGAUGAUAUUUUGUAAAGUCAACUACCAUUUUAAUCAUGGAAUGGCAGCGUUUGUUAAUGUGGUGCCCAGACCAGGAAUACUACCACCAACUAUUUUAAGAAGAACACGUCGUUAUUUCAUUGCUGUAGAGGAAGUUGUGUGGGACUACAGACCGUCUGGUAGAGUGUUGGCAAGAGUUGGUAAAGGUUCAGCGGAGAGAUCUACGAUAGAAGAACGAUUCUUCACUAGCGGUGGAGCUGUUGGAGGCCGUUUUGUUAAGGCCGUUUUCAUUGAGUAUACAGACGGAACAUUUGAAAGACAAAAGAAGCGCUGUAAAGACGAGAAACAUUUGGGGAUACUUGGACCUCCAGUUAGAGUUGAAGUUGGGGAAAUGCUAGAAAUUAUACUUUUGAACAAAGCCAGCCGGCCUUACUCCUUUAGUCCAUUUGGUGUUGCAUUCACUAAAGAUAACGAAGGAGCAUUUUAUAAAAACGAUAGACACAGCAGUGAGGUCACUGGUGCUGCUGCAAUGCCGGGACAACAACGUCGCUAUAUCUUUACUGUACCAUGGGAUUAUGGACCAACAAAGGAAGAUCCACAAUGUGUGACAGAAACGUACCAAUCAUUUGUUGAUUAUGCUAGGGAUCAGUACUCCGGUUUGAUUGGUCCACUACUUAUUUGUAAACCAGGCUCUUUAAAUGCUGAAGGAAGGCAGCGUGGUGUAAACAAGGAAUUGUUCCUAACGAUGAUGAAUUGGUUUGAACAAGAUAGUUGGUACUUCAAUCAAAGUAUAUCUUUGGCAAUGAUGAAUGGUAAAAUGGUCGACCAAGAAAAUGCAAUGUUUAGAGAUGUGAACACUUUACGAGCCAUUAACGGUCGAGUUUUCGGCAACAUUGGCGGUUUUGACAUGUGUAUAGGAGACCGAGUAUCUUGGCAUGUUCUUGGUUUUGGUGAAAGAUUUGAUUACCAGAAUCCAGUGUUUGAAGGAAACAAUGUCCAGUAUGAUGGCAAAAUGGUUGACUACGUGACUGUAUUCCCAGGAACUAGUCAAACUGCUUAUAUGGCUCCAGAUAAUCCAGGAAAUUGGCUUAUCCAUGCUGGUCAGUUACAAUCUCAGACAGACGGUAUGGUUACCAGAUAUAAUGUAGACACGUGUAAUCGUCCCCUUUUUGUACCUGUUCCUGGCUUUAAGAAGAUUACGGUUCGCAGAUAUUAUAUUGCAGCGGUAGAUGUUAUCUGGGAUUAUGCACCAAGAAAAAUAAAUAUUGUGACAAUGGGGGAUCUCAGAGAUCCAAACACGCCAGGGAAUCUUUAUGUUCGUGAUACUGACAUGUUCAUUGGCACACAGUAUAAAAAGACUGUAUAUAGGGAAUUCUAUGAUGGAACAUUCUCAAGACAAAUACAGCGUACAGAAAAAGAUAACCAUCUUGGAAUACUUGGACCAUUCAUUAAGGCAGCAGUGGGCGAUGUCAUUGAAAUAGUUUUUAAAAAUAUGGCUUCUUUUGAUAAUUCUAUCUACUUGAAGAAUCUACCACUGGAUAAUGCAAUGUCUAAACACUUACGAAAUGGUGUCAAACCAGGAGAUGUGAAAGUGUACAGCUGGGGAGUUCCAGAACGAUCCGGUCCUGGUAGAAAUGAGCCUAACUGUGUUGGAUAUUCAUAUAAUUCGCCAGUUUACCCUCAAAAAGAUAUUGCCACCGGUCUGAUUGGACCGCUACUUAUUUGUAAGAGAGGUGUUUUGGAUGUUUAUGGCAACAGGAUGGACAAAACAAACAGAGAAUUUGCGUUAGCGUUUGUGAUAUUCAAUGAAGCUGACAGCCAUUAUUUUGACGAAAAUGUACGAGUACGCGCACCGAACAGAAUGAAUCGAGAUGACUCUAUGUUCCAACAAUCUAAUAAUAAGUUCAGUAUAAAUGGAUUUAUUUUUUCUAACAUACCAAACCUAGAAAUGGUAGUAGGAGAUACAAUAGCAUGGUACACGUACUCAUUUGGUAAUUCCAAUGGUGUACACUCCAACCAUUUUCAUGGACAAACUUUUAUCAAAUCAUCCGCAGAAUCUUAUCGGGAUGAUGUAAUUGGUGUUGUUCCAGGAUCAUACGAAACUGUUGAAAUGUUUGCAGAUAAUCCUGGCACGUGGUUUGUUCAUUGUCAUUUAGGAUUACAUAUGUCAGCUGGUAUGAUGGACACUUACACGAUUUUACCAAAAAAUCUUGGAGACAUAAAUCGAGGUGGACCUCAAAUGCUACGUGGAGCACGUAUAGGUAGAGAAUUAAGAAGACGGAACAAGUUUGGACGGAAAGUGUAUUGAUUUUGAUCAAUAAAUGUAGUGUGGGUAGUUUGUUGAACGAAUUCUUUGGAUGUUAUAUUAAUU